UUACUCAGCAGUUCUCCGUCUUCCUGGAUUUUGCGGAGGUUUUUUUUUUUUUGUUUCGGUUUUUUGUCUCCGUCUCUUUUUAAAGUCGUUACUUUCGUCGCCAGGACCAGGUUUUACGCACUUUUAUGAAGAAACGUGUUUCUCACGUGAAGUUUCCGUCCAAACCGUCGUUCGCAGUUUUUAAACCUGAUGUUCGGAGACUUUAUUUUGAAAGAAGCGUCCAAACAGCCAAACAUGUCGAGACGCGAAAUCACGGUUUUAUCGCUUCUCGCGGUUCUCGCGGUUUUCGUCAGGGUCAUGGGAGCAGCUCGAUCUUCGCCCGCGAACACGGAGCAGCAGGACUUCGACUCUCUCCGGUCCGUGCUGGACCACUUUGACGUGUUGUCUCUGUCCAGCCUGAGGACUCACUCCGUCCGCCGCCGCGACGUCCAGACUCAGAGUCACGUGGAGAAGACGCUGAGCUUCGACGCCCUGCAGAGGCACUUCAGACUGUACCUGAGGACCAACAACGAACUGUUCUCUGACAACUUCAGCGCCGUGGUCGUGGACGAGGACGGUCGAGAGCACAGUUACCCGGUCAACAGACACAACUACUUCACUGGACACGUCAUCGGGGAAGAGAACUCCCGGGUUCAGGCUCACAUCGACGACCACGAGUUCUCAGCGCACAUCCUGACCGACGAGGCCGAGUACAACAUCGAGCCACUGUGGAGGUUCACGUCGGCGCCCCCCGAUGGUCGCCUGCUGGUGUACCGUUCAGAGGACAUCAGAAACCUCAGCAGACUGCACCAGCCUUCAGUUUGUGGCUACAUGACCUCUGACCCCAGCCACCUCCUACCCGACAGCGUCAGGACGGCCAUGUUGGAAGAGCACGAGGAAGACGAGUCCGUGUCCAGAGCCAAACGUCACGUCUACGACCACAGGAAGAACACGUGUCCUCUGCUGCUCGUGGCCGACCAUCGCUUCUUCAAACACAUGGGCAGAGAGGAGGAGAGCACCACCCUCAACUACCUGAUCGAGCUGAUCGAUCGUGUGGACGACAUCUACAGAAACACGUCAUGGGACGAAGAGUUUGUAGGUUAUGGCGUCCAGAUCCAGCAGAUCAUCAUCGAGAAAGGUCCAACGUCAGUGGCUCAAGGAAAAAGUCACUUCAACAUGAGAGGAAGUCCAGGAGACAAUCGAGAAGUGUGGGACGUGAAGAAACUGCUGGAGCAGUUCAGCGUGGACAUCGCAGAGAAGGCGUCCAACGUGUGUCUUGCUCACCUCUUCACCUACCAGGACUUUGACGAGGGGACUCUGGGUCUGGCCUACGUCGCUCCGUCCAAACCCGACAUCCCUGGAGGUCUCUGCUCCAAAGUUUGUCCUUCGUCAACAAAUGAAUUGAGACCGAUUUACCUGAACACGGGUCUGACCAGCACUAAGAAUUAUGGGAAAACCAUCCUGACCAAGGAAGCCGACCUGGUAACGACCCACGAGCUCGGACACAACUUCGGAGCGGAGCACGACCCCGACAACAUCCCGUACUGCGCUCCCCGAGAAGACCAGGGCGGGAAGUUCGUCAUGUACCCGAUCGCUGUGAGCGGAGACCACGUCAACAACAAGAUUUUCUCAAACUGCAGCAAACGCUCCAUCGUGAAGCGUCUGCGGGCGAAAGCGCUGACGUGCUUCAAAGAGAGGAACGUCAAUGUGUGCGGGAACUCCCGCGUGGAGCCCGGUGAGGAGUGUGAUCCCGGACUGUUGAACAUCAACUCAGACCGCUGCUGCACCGCGGACUGUCGACUACGACCUGGAGUUCAGUGCAGUGACAGAAACAGCGCCUGCUGCAAACACUGCAGGUUCGAGGCUGAAGGUGAAGUCUGUCAGGAGCCCAUCAACGCCACCUGUAAAGGACACUCCUACUGCACAGGAAACAGCAGCGAAUGCCCGCCUCCAGAGAACGCCAGAGACGAGACGGUGUGUCUGGACAGCGGCGAGUGUGUGAGCGGAGAGUGCGUUCCUUUCUGUCAGGCCGUCCUCCAGCUGCAGCCCUGCGCCUGCAACGAAACCGUCUCCUCGUGUAAAGUGUGCUGUCGCAGCCGCAGCGGCGUGUGCGCCCCCUACCAAGACAAGACGGGCAACUUCCUGUUCCUGCGUAAAGGAAAACCGUGCACUGUGGGCUUCUGUGAUGGCGCCGGGAAGUGUAUGAAGCAGGUUCAGGACGUCAUCGAGCGUCUCUGGGAUUUCAUUGAUAAACUCGACAUCAACACUUUGGGGAAGUUUCUGGCCGACAACAUCGUGGGAUCAGUGGUCGCGUUCUCUCUGCUCUUCUGGGUUCCGUUCAGUAUCCUGGUUCACUGUGUGGAUAAGAAGUUGGACCAACAGUAUGAACAAACCACAAAGUCUUUGUUCUUCCCCAGUAAUGCCGAGCUGCUGAGCAGCCUGGAGUCGGCAUCCGUUCGGAUCUUCAAACCUCCAACGUUCCCGCCCACCGCCGCGCUCCGUUUCCAUGCCGCCGGUCCCCAGCAGACCAGCACCCCGCCGGUCUCUGGCUCCGGCCCAGAUCACUGCCACGCCCCUCCUCUGGACAGCCCCCGCAUGGCGACCAUCCAGGAGGACCCGAGCUUGGACUCACACCUGGACGAGGAGACGCUGGAGGAGGCGUUCGGGCGCCCGGUGGCGGCGACUCAACGCUCCUUCGAGGACCUGACGGAGAAAAAUGUGAUGAGCCGCAGUGAGAAGACGCUUCUGUUCAGACUCCAGAGACAACAUCACAUCAACACCAGGGAGACACAGUGCUGAGGACACGCCCACUUCAGACCCGCCCUUACUCAAGCCCGAUGUUUAUGUUGAAGAUGAACUGUUACGAUUUCUGCUGCUCAUACAAGUCCCUGAAGGCAUCACCACUGUUUUUAUGUCUGGAUACAGAACGCCCCGCAGUCUUUAGAGUUCCUGAAUGCCCCGCAGUCUUUAAAUCUAAAUCUUAUACUUAAUUUAGGGAAAUUUCUCUGCAUUUGACCCAGAAUUAAGAGCAGUGGGCUGCUGAGUAGCACCCGGGGAGCAAUGGG